UUCCUCUUCACAACCACUUAAUUGAGAAUUUGCAAUGCAGCAGCUCUCACUCUCCUUCCUCCUCCGGGCUGCCACUGGACUGGCCUCCCACAAGCUUCCUACCCAGACUCAACUCUCCAAGAUCAUCACCGCCAUCCUAGACUCACCCAUCUUCUCUAGCACUGGUACUAGUGGCAGUGAUCAACAACAGCCAGAGUUGCUCAGCUCGAUCGCUGAGUUCUUGGUGCUCUUUAGAAACCUGACCAACAGCAAGAAUAGAGACAAUCAACUCCAACGAUUGCUCAGUGCACUCCUGCUCAACAAACAACAACCUCAGCUCAAACUACCCUCACUCCCACCUAGCCUAGCACUCCCACCAUCCACCUCUCCAACAGUUUUCUUCAGAAAGUUACUCCUGAUCACUACAGAGAUACCACAGGAUGUCAACGAAAUCAUCCGACAAGCAAUCGACCUCCUCACCGAACUCUUCCAGUCAACAGAGCGAACGACAACCCAGGAGGAGGAGCAAGCAGCCGACAGACUCGUCUCUAAGCUGAUCAAACUCAUCGUCCAUCUACGCACCAACGUGAGCCAUCUCUUGAGGGAGGAGAUCGAGUCCAUCCGGAAAACUCUUGCUGAGGACCUCCAGGGAUUCGAGCCAAACGACGAGUUCCGCGAGAUCCUCGGGCUCGUUGGAGAGUGCAUCGAUGGUUUCUGUACUCGUCAUGAUGAUGAUGAUCGUGCCCCCUCUUACUGGAAUUCACUUACCACUCCUUGUAACCAACUGGCCGAAUUGUUCACCGAGCACAAGGAUCAAUUACUCGUCCCUUUGAAGAAGUUGCAAGUGGUGAUCGUACAGCUGUUCGAUAACUUUGAAGACCGGCUGUAUUCACCCAAGCUGUACGAGAGUUUGGGUGUGGCAGUCAAAGAGUUCCAGGAAGCGAGCAAGAUGAUCGGCCGGCCGAUGGGAGAUAUUCUCCAAGCCUUAGAGAGCAUCCGUUUUCGGAUCCUCGUCGAGGACCCCUCCUGGCCAGAAGUCUGUCAAGCAUUCCAGAGAGUCUCGGCCGAGUUGCUAGGCUUUACUCUCACCAACUCGAAAGAGGUUGCUCGGCAUGUCACCGGAGCAGUGGCCAAGGCGGCAUUCGAUACCCUGGUCGAGUAUUUAGUGCCCCGUUUGCUGUUGUUAAUCAACGAAAUACCUUCACCAAGGAUCGAAUAUGUAUCCCCGACGAUUGACGCGGUUUUCGAUCCGGCCAGUUUCACUUCUACGUCUGGCUUUUUGCCCAGUUCUAUGAUCUCGACAACCGUCCAUCGGUUCGAAAUCAGUCAGCGGGCCUCCAGGCAAGAACCUGGGAGGAUCCAAGGACCCAAUUCGUUAUCCGUCCAGCCGAACACCUACCAAAAGAUCUCGAUCGUCGGAUUGAGAGUGUUGUCGAAGAACGUCGGUUUUUACUUCCACAAGAAAGUCGACCAUGACAAGAGCCUAGUCGCCCAAAAGCUCGACUUUACGAACAUCGAGGACGAGGGUAAGCUCGAUAUCUUCCUUGGUAUGGGCGACCAGGAUGGCUUGUCUCUCGACUUGGAGCUCGACUGGAAUUAUCACCGCCAUCUCGAUCGCUCCUCCGAAGUUUCCAGACGAGCUCGUCAGGCUCCGAGCAUCGAGAAGCCGGAUGGCUUGUUCUUGAUCAAGUCUUGCAAAGUUGACUUGAAGGGCUUUGGAGUUUUCCCUCACGACACCAGUCAUCCCGUGCUCAAUUGGAUCUUGAAGCCAGGAUUAGAACCGUACAUACAUACCAAAAUCACAGAAACCCUACAAGGAUACUUUCUGGAUCAAUUGAUUAGGCUGAACAAGUUGUUGGGUAAAAUGCGGAUCCGAUGGGAAGAAGUGGCAGACUCGGGUCCAGGUACGACAUGGGAGAAGCUCUGGGAAGUGAUCCAGGUGAUGGUUUCUAGCUCGAACGAGGCCGAGGAAGAAGAUCAGCCGGAGAGUACGUCGAAGAUCAAUGGGAGCGGUUUUGAGCUCGAAGCUGAGGACGGCUCGUAUACUAUCCGGAUUGGGAUCGGCCAGAAGAUGCUCCCUGGGAAAGGCCUCGGCGGCCCCGGAAGAUUUAAGGAACGGCUUGCGACCAUCGCUGAUGACGCUGGCGCGGCUAUCGACCGUCAGGUGACUGAGAUAGCUGACGGGAUCGCACAGGCCACACUCGAUGGCGAGCGUCCAGGAUGGCAAUCGGAUGUCUUUGAUCUCUAAAGACAAUCGGGUCGGCCACCAAAAGCUACCAUCACAGCAAGCGCCAACCGGC